GAUAAUAUCGUAGUAUAAAUUAAUAAAACAUUUAUCAAUGGUGAGAGCCGGCUGAGAGUGGGUUUGACUAUAUUGGUGUGACACAUUUAGGACUUUUGGACAAAAUAAACGAUCUAAAUUAGGACUUUUGGACAAAAGAAAGCAACAUAAUAUUAAUAUUAUUCUGGACCGGGCAAAAGGAUCUUUGACCCAUUUACUUAGGCCCAAUACCAUCCAAAGUCCAAACACCGCGUUUGACAAAAUUACUCGCGAAACACCCCUCCCACGCGAGGGGGUGCACGGAACGAAAGAGACCGGUUCAAAUGAACCCCAACGUCUCUUUCCACGUUCCCGCAAUAAACUCACAUGCGGUUAUACUCUACGAUUUCGUAACCGUCAGAGUAAAACCCUCCACCUCUAUAAAAUAAGGGACUCAAUGCAGUCAUAAGGUAGAAUUUUUCUUCCCUCCCAUCCGCUCCAAGAAGCAUUCUGACGUAUUCAACCAUCGUCACAACCACCACAUUCACGACACCGGCAGUCACCUUCUGAUUAGGUACCAUCAAAUAUAUUCAUUUAUGUUGAGAAUGUCUCUAAAGCGUAGAGCAAGUCAGAGUGAAAAACAAAUAAUUUGAACGAUUGAUGAAUAAAUCAACUAUGAUUUAUAUUAUGUACCUAAAUUUGACAAUAACAAAGACACUUUGACUCUUUGCUGCUCUAUUUCUUGACUGUAAACAAGAAAGAUCUCUGCCACAGGAAACAUGACACUCCCAGCUCAUGUUGUUACCAAUGGUGAUGUUUCACUCGACUCUGGUCAUAACCGUCUCCUUCAACUUGGUUACAAACAAGAACUCAAGCGCGACCUCUCUGUGGUUUCAAACUUUGCACUCUCUUUUUCUAUUAUAUCAGUGCUCACUGGUAUCACCACCCUCUACAACACUGGGUUGAACUAUGGUGGCCCAGUUUCUAUGCAAUAUGGUUGGUUUUUGGCUUCUGCUUUUACCAUGCUUGUUGCACUUUCAAUGGCUGAAAUUUGUUCAGCUUUUCCAACUUCCGGUGGUCUUUACUAUUGGAGUGCCAAACUUGCUGGCUCCAAAUGGGCACCUUUUGCCUCCUGGAUUACUGGCUGGUUCAAUAUUAUUGGCCUGUGGGCAGGGACAACAAGUGUAGAUUUUUCACUCGCACAACUCAUUCAGGUCAUCAUUCUCCUUAGUACUGGUGGAAAAAAUGGUGGUGGAUAUGUAGCAUCUAAAUAUGUAAUUAUUGCCAUCCAUGGUGCAAUUUUGCUCCUUCAUGGUAUAAUAAACAGCCUUCCUAUAUCUUUGUUAUCGUUCUUAGGACAACUCAGUGCUAUCUGGAAUGUUUUUGGUGUUUUUGUGCUUAUGAUUCUCAUUCCAUCUGUUGCAACGGAAAGGGCUAGUAACAAAUUUGUUUUCACUCAUUUCAAUGCUGAAAAUGGGGAUGGAAUCAAUAGCAGACCCUGCAUGUUUCUCUUGGGACUUCUAAUGAGUCAGUAUACACUUAGUGGCUAUGAUGCAUCAGCUCAUAUGACAGAGGAAACUAAAGGUGCUGACAGGAAUGGACCAAAAGGAAUUAUAAGCGCUGUUGGGAUAUCUAUUAUUGUAGGAUGGGGUUACAUAAUCGGUAUUACCUAUGCAGUUACUGAUAUCCCUUACCUUUUAAGUGAAAACAAUGAUGCUGGUGGAUAUGCCAUUGCUGAGAUAUUUUAUCAAGUAUUCAAGACAAGAUAUGGAAAUGGAAUUGGAGGUAUUAUUUGCUUGGGAAUAGUUGCCGUUGCCAUUUUUUUCUGUGGUAUGGGUUCAGUUACCAGCGUAUCAAGGAUGGCUUAUGCUUUUUCGAGAGACGGGGCAAUGCCAUUUUCAUCUUUGUGGCAUAAAGUUAACAACCAGGAUGUCCCCAUAUAUGCAGUCUGGCUUUCUGUUUUUAUAUCAUUUUGCAUGGCCCUAACGUCUCUUGGAAGUAUAGUGGCAUUUGAAGCCAUGGUGUCCAUAGCAGUGAUUGACUUAUACAUUGCUUAUGCUCUUCCCAUCUUCUUUAGGGUGACCUUGGCACGAAAGUAUUUUGUUCCAGGGCCUUUCAACUUGGGUCGUUAUGGAAUCAUUGUUGGGUGGGUUGCAGUUAUUUGGGUGGUGAUCAUAUCCAUCCUCUUCUCAUUGCCUGUUUCCUACCCAAUAACGAUUGAGACACUUAACUACACACCUGUUGCACUUGGAUGCUUGAUCAUUCUUAUACUUUCUUACUGGAUACUUAGUGGUAGGCAUUGGUUUAAAGGACCUAUAACCAAUUUAGAACACUGAAAUUAUGUACACUAUUUUAGUAAAU